AUGGUGGCUAAAUCGGUGAAAGUUAUAGCACAAGCUGAUCUCAUCAAAUAUAUGUUAAGUUUCCCAAUGUUACGAGGACGUUUAGGAAAAUGGAUGCUAACUUUGACAGAGUUUGAUUUACAAUAUAUCCCGGCCAAAGCUGUGAAAGGUCAGGUCAUUGCAGAUUUUCUUGUAGAUAAUUCGAAAGAUCUGAAUGACCAGAGGGUAAAUGUAAUCGACAUUGAAGUCGAUUAUUGGAAGUUAUAUUUUGAUGGAUCGAAGCAUAAAGAUGGUGCAAGGGUUGGAAUUCUUAUUAUCUUACCAGAGGGAAUUCUAUCAGAAUUCUUGUUUGAAUUAAAAUAUCCUUACUCGAAUAAUGUGGCAGAGUACGAAACUUUGAUUUUGGGUCUCGAAAUAUUAAUUAGUAAAAGGGCUUUGGAAGUUCAAAUACUAGGGGAUUCUCAGUUGGUUUUAAAGCAUUUAUUGAAGGACUUUAAAUACAAUAAUGAGAAGUUGCAAAAGUAUUUAACAACUGCUUGGGAGUUUUUAACCUCCUUUCGAAAAGUUUCUUUGGUUCACAUCCCCAGAAUCCAUAAUGAAAUUGCUAAUAAAUUAGCCCAAAUUACUUCGAGAUAUAGAAUCGGUCCAGAAACUCUUAAAAAAUUGGCUAGUAUCCAUCAAAUAUUAGUGCCUGUGAAUGAAAGAGAGGCUUUAUGCAUAGAUAAAUGGAAAAAUGAUUAUUGGAGAAAGCCUAUUGCUGAGUAUUUAAAAAAUCUCAGCACCUCAGUUGAAAGAAAGAUAAACUUGCAGGCGAUGAGUUUUGUUAUAAUGGCUGAUGAAUUGUAUAAGAAAGGAAUUGAUGGAAGUUUAUUGAGAUGUUUAGGUCAAGAUGAUCAAAUUAUUGCUUUGGGCAAAGUCCAGAAAGAGAUAUGUGGUGCCCAUCGGGCUGGGAAGAAGAUGAAAUGGGUUUUAUAUCGCAAUCACGUGUAUUGGCCGUCUAUGAUAAAAGAUAGUAUCAAUUAUGCAAAGGCAUGUCAGGAAUGCCAGAAACAUGGUCCGAUACAGUAG